AUGGACGGCGAUUGGGCUGAGGUCACCCGGAUUCCGUUCCCGCCUCCGGGCGUGCACGCGAUGCCCACUCCGGUUGCGACUAUGACCUUCGAUAACUCUCAGGAACUUCUUUGGACAGGUAACGAAUAUGGUCGAGUCACUUCCUUCUAUGGGACCGAACUGCAGCGAUAUACCUCUUUCAAGGCCCAUGCCUCCUCUGAUGGCCCGAUUCGUCAAAUACUCGUCAAUGAGAAAGGAAUUGUUUCCCUUGGUGCUAAAGAUAUGCAUAUGGCCAUUCGGAGAGGACUACCUAUAUGGCAUAUUAGACAUGAUGAUAUGAAAGAUUUGCGAUGUAUGAGCUUUACGUCUAAGGGAACGGCAGAGAUUAUCGCUGCAGGAAUGCAAGACACGAUGCUUGUCAUUGACCUCAUUAAGGGUGAUGUUGUCAAACAAGUGCCUACCGUACACCAGUACACAAUAAUGAGACGCGGGCGAUAUAUAUGCGCCGCAACUCAGACCGGCUCCGUCAACUUACUAGAUCCUGUCACUUUUGCUGUCAUCAAGUCUUGGAACGCGCACUCUGCUUUGAUUAAUGACAUGGACGCUCAGCAUGACUUCAUCGUAACUUGCGGAUACUCCUUAAGACAGGGUCAGAAUUACAUGCUUGACCCGUUCCUUAACGUCUUCGAUAUAAAGAAGAUGUCAUCGAUGCCCCCUAUUCCUUUCCCAGCUGGCGCUGCCUACGUGCGCAUGCACCCGAGGAUGUUGACGACCAGCAUCGUUGUCUCACAAAGUGGACAAAUGCAUGUUGUUGACUUAAUGAAUCCCAACACAAGCGACGUACGGUUGGCUAAUGUUACUUCCUACUUGAGCAUGUUUGAGAUAGCACCCUCUGGUGAGGCGAUUGCCCUCACAGAUGCUGAUUGCUCUAUUCACCUUUGGGGAUCCCCAACAAAACUCCAUUUCGUGGACUUACCAACUCCGAUCGAAUUCGCAACUCCCGAAGAGCCCCUGCCCAAUAUUGACUGGGGCCCAGAUACACCCCUGAACAUGAUCGGAUUGCCGCAUUAUCGAGAGGCUCUGGCAUCCGCCUGGCCAGACAUCCCCUGCGAUGUUGGAGCACCUCCUGUCAAGUUUGAUCCACAGUUCCUGGCAGGGCUCAAGCCGACUGAGUUUGGGAUGUACGGUCGCAAUACUCGGGGUUUGAGAAGAAAUCAGGCCGAGAACACUCGAAACGUGAACAAAUCAGGAAGCUCUGGGCUCAAGGCCCCGAAAUUCCUCAGUGAAAAAGCCCGCGAGCUUGCUACUAGUAAUGCCGCUGCCUCUGAUAAGAAGGCUGACGAGCUGAUCAGCUCUCUUACUGAUAUGGGACUUGAAAGCAAGAAGUCUGACGUUCCAGUCAUGUAUAGAACUGUUGAGAUCAAAUACAGCAAAUUCGGGGUGGACGACUUUGACUUCGGGUUGGUAUUCUCCCAUGAUCGCAAUGUACAAUCACUGAUUAGGAAUAGUUUCUACAACAACACGCGAUACUCUGGACUCGAGACUCAUAUCUCGAAUUCAUAUGCUAACUCGCUUUUACAAAUCAUGCACUUCACUCCUGUCAUUCGAAAUCUUGCUCUUCAGCAUGCUGCUACCUCUUGCGUGAGCGAGAUUUGCCUGCUGUGCGAGCUUGGAUUCUUGUUUGAUAUGCUUCAAAAGGCUGAAGGCUCGAUAUGCCAAGCAACGAACUUACUAAAAACCCUGAGUAAUCACCCUCAAGCCGGUCCUCUUGGUCUACUCGAGGAAGAUCCUCAUGGAUCAUCUCUUAACGUUAUGCUUCAAGGACUCACUCGAUUUCUCCUGGAUAAAAUAGUGCAUGAUUAUAGGACUAUCAACCCAUCGUCGACUGCCAUGGACCAGGUUGGUUGA